AUGGAGAACGAAUUCCCGCCCGUGGCGGCCGCUGCGAACGCAGCGACAGCGCGACUUUCGCUGAUGGGGCGCCUGUCAAGCAAAUUCCGCAUGAGACCCGCCGAAGACGAUGAGCCGCAGUCGUGGUGGAUUGCUUCAACAGCGAUCCCGCUCGUGGCGGCAGCCACUGGCCCUCUUGCGAAUGUCAUGUCCAUCGUGGCACUGGUGUCACCCUGGAGGAACACGAUUGUUUCGCAAGAAAAAGGUCCGGCCGGCACGACGAUUCAGCAGGGGUUCGAUGACCCCCACUGGGUAUUAGCUUUGAAUGCUGUGUCACUCUUCUGGGGUGUGGUGGGCAAUAUCUUCCUCCUAUUUAAUUUUACACAAGUGGUGCGGUAUAUCAUUGCGCUUCCUGUGACGGUUGUUGCGUGGUUUCUUGCGACUGGUAUCCUGUGCGGGAUCACAGCUUCCCUCUCAAUCUACGACCCACCGAUCGCCCCCAAUGAACUCUACUCCCAAGCGUAUUGGAGUGCUGUCAUUGCAGCCGUGCUCUACUUUAUGCUGGGCAGUCUUCUGAUGAUCAACAUGCUCGGUUACUUCCUGGGGAAAUAUCCGCAGCAUUUCUCUCUCACGGAUGAUCAGCGGACCCUCAUUCUGCAGAUGACUGGGUUUGUGAUUUGGUUGUUGAUCGGUGCUGCCAUCUUUCAAAAAAUCUUGGGCAUUGAUUUCGCGGAUGCAUUGUACUUCAGUGAUAUCACGGUGCUUACUUUAGGCUUUGGCGAUGUGGUUCCUCAAACCUCCGCCGGAAAGGGUCUCAUCUGGCCCUAUGCCGUGAUUGGCAUUGUGAUGCUCGGUCUGGUAGUGGGCAGUAUUCACCAGUUCGCUCGAGAGGUCCAUUACGACAAUGUCGUGCGUAAACAUAUUGAGACGAAACGGCAAGCCACGUUUGAUAGAUCUGUCACAAUCGAACAGCUUCGUGAUGAUCCCACUAUUCCCCUUCAAAAUAUCCAACUGGUUGGAAACCAUGAGGCCUCAACCACCAUGGAUUGCCUCCCUCUCCGGGAUAGUGCUGCCUUAUCCCACCGUCCUCACAGUGGCCAGAAUGGACAUCAUCGACACGGACCGGUCCGCACUACCAUCCACGCCCUGAAUCCUGUGCGCCGUCCACGAUUGCUUGUCAUGAGGGAAGAAAAGGAUCGAUUCAUCGCAAUGCGCAAAAUCCAACACGAAACAAUGCAAUUCCGUCGAUGGAAUGACCUCGUCAUCAGCGUCAUUGUGUAUGCAUUCGUCUGGACCGGAGGCGCCCUGGUUUUCUGGAGUCUUGAAGACAUGUCUUAUUUUGACGGGUUGUACUUCUGUUUCUGCUCGCUCAUUACCAUCGGCUACGGAGAUUUUACACCCAAAUCCAAUGCGGGGCGGCCGUUCUUCGUUGUCUGGUCACUGAUCGCCAUUCCAACCAUGACCAUGCUCAUUUCUCAAAUGAGCGACACGGUGGUGGCUGGAUAUAAGCAUUCGGCGGAGAAGUUCAGUGACUAUUUUGUCUUACCUCGCUUGGGAGUGUACCAAGAGACUCUUUCUCAUCUGCCGCUCCUCAAGAGAUGGAUAUCGGCUCACCAGGAAAAGCAGCGCCUCAAUCGAGGCUUCGAAGUUGGCGUGGAAGCCAGCGAAAGCAAUGAAACAGACUUUGUGACGCCCGGCUCGCAGGAGCAUGGACCAGUUGUUCCCCUCCGUUCUCGCUCGAGUAGCGGUCACCCAAUCCGUACACUCGAAGAGCUUGCGCGGGACGAAAAUCCAUCGCCCUAUGAACUUGCACAGCAGCUUGCUUUUGCCAUCCGUCGAACCACACAAGAUGCACGAGAAUUCGAACAUAAGAGAUAUACCUAUGAAGAAUGGGUCGAGUUCACUCGGCUCAUUCAAUUCACAAAUCCAAAAUCCUGGCCAGCGCCAUCUGAGGGUCCGAGUAGGUCGUUCCCAAAGGGGAGCACCAGCGUUGAUGCUGAUGAGUACGGGGUCUUGAAUUGGGACUGGAUUGGUCAAGAUAGCCCGAUGCUCGCCCAUCAAUCGGAGCCCGAGUGGAUCCUAGACAGACUUUGUGAAAGCCUCGUCCGUUAUGUAUCGACACAGGAGCAAGGAUGGGCUGCUGUACAGAACCAACCUGAUGAUGUGGCGGAACAAUUUACUCUGAGGAAAGAGAGGGAUUUGGGCAUUGAAGACACUUGA